AUGUCAGUGAUAGAACAGACUACAGGCAACAAUAACUGUGUGGUAAAUGCUUCAUGUGCUUGUGUUGGCGAUAAAAUAUACUCGUUUGGAGGGUUUCAUUUUGUGUCGGAUGUAGUUUAUAACGACCUUCAUGUACUCAAUCUAGCGGACAAUGUUUGGAAGAACAUCAACCAUAUUCGAGGUGUUUGGCCAGUAAAACGCACAGACCAUACCAUGACAAGAUGGGGCGACGACAGACUGGUUAUAUUUGGUGGCUCGGAUACAAACGAAAACUUUUUAAACGAUGUGUUUGUGCUCAGUCUUUCGCAACUGACAUGGGAAAAGCUAGUUUGUAGUGGAGAUAUUCCUACUGGCCGUACAAAGCAUUCUGCAGUGAUUCAUGAGAACAAGCUUAUUAUUUCUGGUGGAUGCCAGCGAAAAGAUGAGGAUAUUUCCAAUCAGGUUAAUAUACUCGAUCUCAACUCAAAAACUUGGGAUGCUCCUCGCAACUUUAUUCAUCGUCAUGCACACAACUCUUGGGUCUAUCAGGACCGUCUCUAUAUUUAUGGUGGUUUUGAUGACAACAUGGACCGAGUAAAAUGCUUGAGCUUCAUGGACUUGUUAACCGGAUCUCGCGCCAUCAUCUCCAUUGACAGUCCUAAUGCACCUUGCCACAUGGAGCAGCAGCAUGUGCAGUGUUUUGGAAAGUUUGUUGUUGUGGUUGGAGUACCAGUGCAUUGGCGCGGAGCAGAUGACGUGUCGCAGAUGCAAGCCAGUGGUGUAUGGGCCUUGGAUUUGGAUGCAUUGCGAUGGCAACGCUUGAGCAAUGGUCACAUACUGCAACCCUUUGUUUGGCAUUAUCAUGCUAUUGAUCCAGUCAAGCCAAUGAUAUAUUUACUCGGCGAGAAUCCUGCCAAUGAUGAAGAUGGAUUCAUGUCAAAUAUACUGAUCAUCAACCUAGAAUACUAUGGCAUAUCAUCGAAAUUAGAUAGCACCAUGUCAGCCGAGUUUGGACAACUACUGCAGCAAACCCAUUUGGCUGAUUUUAGAAUCAUAUCAUCGACCUCGCCUGGUUUACCAGAAGUACCUGUGCACCGUCUUAUUCUCAUGACUCGAUGGCCAUAUUUUUUAAAUUUAGUCUCAUCGGGUAUGUCGGAAACCACUACAGAAACCCUUUCGCUCAAGGAUACCAUUGACAGCAUUCGCCUGUUUGUCACGUAUCUUUACACUGAUACACUUCAAAUGGCUACAUCUCGCACUUAUGCUGAUGUUAUGUCCAUGGCAAACCGAUACUGCCUUCCACGAUUGCAACGCCUGUGUAGCGCCAAACUCAUGAUUGCAGAGCCAGACACAGAUGUUGUGUGGGUGUAUCUCUGUGCCAUGCGGUGUGAAGAAAGUGUAUUAUGCCAACGGACAUUGGAGUUCAUAUUGGAGCAUUUUGGAAUGGUAAGCAAGACAAAAGCAUUCAGAGGAUUAUCAGGCAGCGAUGUGGAUGAUCUGUGGAAUUCUCUACCAGACUCUGCUCGCCUAAUAUACUGA